AGGGGCGUGAGGGAUGUUGCACGUAUCUAUUAUCCCUCAUGUACAGACUCCAUCAAACCGAGUUUGCAAUUCUCUUGUAAUUUUGUUGUGAUUAAUGCUUCCGAGGGAUCACUUUGUUUCCAAUUUUUUUAUGUAAGUCAAGGAUGAAGACGGUCAAUAUCCGUGCGAAUUGGCAAAUAAUUUGAACAUUUUACUAAAAAAUACCAGAUUUUAAGCAAGAGGCGAUAAAAAAAUGGCCUAAUAUUUAGUUUUUGAAACAUUUUACAAGAUGUAAGGCAAACAUAAUCAUACACCUAAAAUCCAAUUUUUAAAGAUGAAAAUUACCAUUUUGACGAGUGUUUUUGUAGUAUAUACAAAAGUUUUAGUUCCUUCCUCUUAAAUAUUAGAUUGUUGUUUUCCCGUUGAUUCAUAUCAAUACUAACGUAAAGGCAUACCAAACCCUUCUGGAAAAUAUUCCAGUGUAAUUGUAACAACCGUACUAUCGAACCUCCGAUCUGCUGACAUAAUUGAAGAUUGGUCUAGUCCUCGGCUCGAAACUACAAAGCAUUGCAAAUUAUACUCUCUCAUUAGUGCAAUGAACGUCAGGUUAUCGCCGUAUGUCCCAUCCUUAGACAUAUUAUCAACGUAUCCAUCAACUGUCUCAACAUGCACAUAAGAUUUAUUAAAAUAUCGGUUUUCAAUGAUAUGAUGGACUGCUUUUUGACGUAAAUUCGUCUCUGUAUAUUCUAUGGAAUGCCACAGUACAUCCCCGAAGGAGAACUAUAUUUCCUAUAUAAAUCCAUAGCUUUCUUCUUCGUCGGCUUUUUGUGAAUUUCCGACGAAGCUGAACCAAUGUCCUUCUCCUCAUUCGGCUGCUUCGUUAAAUUCUGACGGAGAACAAAUGGUGUUCUCCUUCGACGCUUCUUUUUUCUCCGACGAAGAAGAACUUUUGGUUGUCUUCUUCUUCGGGUCUUUGAUUAAUUUCCGAAGAAGAAGAACUUAUAUGUAUAUAUAUAUGUGGAAAUUCACAAACAGCCGACGAAGACGAAAGCAAUGGAUUUAUAUAGGAAAAUAUAGUUCUUCUUCGGGAAUGUACUAUGGCUUUCCAUAAUAUUCCCAUGUUACUUAAUUGAUGCAACGGCAAAUUGGCAACUGCCAUCCGGGAUCGAAUCAAAUGCAAUAUCUAAACCUUCAGACAGCUCGAGGUUUUCGCCGUGCGUUAAAAUCUGGUAAUACGUUUUUCUAUGGUUUUGCUUGUCUGAGCCGGACUGAUUCAAUUUCUCAUUCGAUGCAUUUUCCACGUUGGUUUUUUCGUCGCUUUUCUAACGUAACGGUUAGUCUAGUUUUAUUUUCGACUCCAACUUUUAUAACGACACCAAGCUCCUGUUUUUUUAGUACUUUGAAUUACACAAGAUAAUAUCCCCAUUUUUUUACUUCUUCGACUUUUCCCUUGACAAUAUAUCUUUUAAUUGGCACCGUUGAUUUUCGAAAGGAAAGCGAAUCAGUACUUUCUCUCCUCCUUUGUAUUAGCUUGGCGGAAUCCCAUUUUUAUCAGCGAUUUGUAUUUUUAUUUGCUCGAUGUUUUGUUUUCUUUAUUUCACGACUACUACGCCGUUCCUUAGUGAACAUGUGACUCCUUCCAUAGUAUGCGUUACUAUGCCACUAUGGCACGGUAUAACAACACUACUAACCUGUAACUUCUAAUAGGCCUACUUCUACUACUUAUAGUAGUAAAUUGAAGUUUUUUGCAACGGUCUUAUUUAAGUAAACACACACACAUGUGACGUAUACGUUAGUAUUUUCAUUUUUAUGCGCAUUUUUCGGUAAGUGACAAAUACGUUUUGGUGAGCAAAGAAAUAUGAUAAACAAGAUCAACAAGGAAAGGCGGCGUUCAAUGAACGCAACCCCCAUAUGACCCAGCUACAAGAACCAGUGGCAAGGAGCCCAGGCGGACCCCAAACAAAAACAGGACAGGGCAAAGACAGAGCACGGACAAACUCAAUCCAACCAAACGUAUCACGAUAAUAAGUAGCCAGUAAGAUACGGGGCACAUACACGGCGUGACAUCAGCACAUAAGAAGAACGCUUAUGAUAGCGUUUAUAGUGUCUAUUAUAUUUAAAGUUGUUGUCUUAGAAUCUUUAUAUUCGUAUGUUCUAUGUUUUUGAAUUAUAUUUCGUAUUAACAAAGAAAUAACGGGGUCAAUGUAUAAAUUUCAAAUAUAACUUAUAUAGUUUUCUUACAACGUGUUUCUUUUUAAUCAACUUUUAUCUUCCUGGUUUCUUUGUUUGAUUGCAUUGCAAAAGAAUGAAGAAAAAACAGCACGAUUGUCUUUCUAAACAAUGGUGAAAGUCCGUCAGUUAACAAUAGUUUUAAGUGGUGUCCCGAGUCAUAAUAACGCUGCGUGUAAACAUACCUUUGAUGUUUUCUGGUCGUUCUUCAGAAACAAAGAAAUAAUUAUCAAAGCGGAAAAUAAAUUAAUGAAUAAAUAUACGGAGUACAAUUGUACACUUUCGUUGUCCUAUUUUAAGACAGAUUAUUCAAUUAGUAAUUAUAAAUGUAUUUCAACGCGCACAUGAAAGGACCAUUAAACCAUCUAGCGUAGAAAUGUGGAUAAGGAUUUUACUCGGCACUGCUUUGCUGUACACAGUGGAAGCUGCAGACUGUUAUAACAAGUGUACAUCUUCACAAAUAUGCUUAGACGAUGGUUCAUGCUACGAGCAGUCGGAACUAACCUAUUGUGGGUUCAGAUGGCCAGAUUAUUUGUACUGUGAAAGAGGACAUACUUGCUGUGAUGAGUUUAGUUGUUGUCGUACCGGGUACAUUUGCAGAAAAAGGAACUGCGUCGUCGAUAAUUCGACGACAAGAUCAACACAGCCAACAAGAAGACGGUGGUCACAUAGAAUAUCUACUGUCAAACCUAAAACAUAUUCAACACGAAGACCAAUAACACUUUUCCCAAGACUCGCAACAAACAGCUACACGUUUACUGUACCUAAAUACAGCUACAGUUCCUCUACUAGUAGGUACAGAUACCGCUUUCCAAUCAUCGGAGGUACUAUAGUAAUUGUAAGCCUCAUAAAUGUUCUUAUGUGUGUUUGCUGCAAAAAAUUUAAAGAUCAAGGCAGUCGUCAAAUAAGAAAUGGGCGUAUAAUAACAACCCCGACCAAUACAUACUUAUAUGCACCAACUCAUGGAAACCCUGCUACAAAUGCGGCAUCCAGUAUUUAAAGAUCAGAUAUUUCGGUUUCUAUCAACGAGUUAUGUUCUUCAAGCUACAGAGAAUUUUUUAACAUCAUCAUUUUAUAUACUCGUAGAUAUAAUAUAUUACAUAUAUGAGCCGCGUCACGACAAAACCAACAUCCGCGCAGUCUGAUCAAAAUGCGCAGGCUGGUCUGGAUUCAUGCUGGUCGCAAACGCAUUACGUUGGUUUUGUUAUGGCGCGGCUCAUAUAAUUUAUAUACAUUUGUUUGAAGAUAAGUUUUCGUGAUUGAUAUACUAGUAAUUGUGGACAAGAUUACGGCUUUGAUUUGAUACAAGAAUGUAAACCUGUGUUUACUUGAUAAAAAGAUGGACUUUUUUUUGUAAAAUAUCUGAAAUAUU